ACUAAGUUUUUGGGAGUAGUUCCACUGCGACACUCUAAACGUCAAUUGGUAGACAAUUUGUACCCAAACAUAACCUAUCUUUGUUUUUGUUUACGUAAACAGCCCCAAUGUUUGUCAAAAUCGCCCUCGUAUCUAUUUUUUUCGCCCUCCUUGCCUUCUACUACCCCUCAUUUGUACCCUUUUUGGCUAAAUUCGCGCCACAAAAACCUAACCCCAAAAAUUCCAGACUGUUCACUCCCGAGGAACUCCAACUCUACAACGGGAACGACAAACCCGAGCUGUAUUUGGCAGUUUUGGGUAAAAUUUUCGACGUUUCGAAAGGUUCCAAGCAUUACGGGCCGGGCAAAGCUUACAAUUUUUUCGUAGGUAAAGACGCUUCUCGGAGCUUCAUUACAGGCAAAUUCGGUGACAACGACGUCGAUGAUCGAGUUUCUGAUUUGUCUCAAGAAGAGCUGCGGUCGCUCAACCACUGGGUCGGGUUUUAUGGUAAAGAAUACAAAAGAGUGGGUAAAUUAAUCGGGAGUUAUUACGACAAAAACGGCGAACUCACUGGAUAUGGACGAGAAGUGAAAAAGUUGAUAGAGGUGGCAGAACUGGCUAAAAACAACCAAGAUUUGGACAAAAUCAAGUACCCUCCGUGUAACGUGGAAUGGGGGGCUGACACAGGGACGCGCGUUUGGUGCAGCAAUAAAAGCGGGGGCGUCACGCGGGACUGGGUUGGGGUCCCGCGACAACUAUACCAACCGGGCCAGGAUUACAGGUGCGCUUGUGUACAAACCCCAGAACUGUCUGCAAACUUGAAGGAAUAUGAAGGCUGUGAUAGUACCUCUGAAAGUUGUUUCGUGAAAACCUAACUUCAUAGAAAACGUAUAUUUGUAGAAAACUUAUUCUAAUAAAUAACCUAAAUCACU